GGGUAGCGGUGGCAGCACCGGUCCCACGGAUACGAGGAAGUCGCAAGGGCAGGAGCGCGGUGUCCGGCCUUCAGCCGUCUUACGCUGUGCUUGGCAAACGGAUCUCCGGCCGUUAAACGGCCGUCUUGUGGAGCCGCGCGGAGCCUAGCGGAGCGCCAGGGCGCGUGCCCGCCGCCGGAAGCUGCCUCCUCCCCCCGCCUCCUCGCGCGCCCCUGCCGCCCCUCUCCUCUCCCUACACCUCCCGGAACCAUGGCCAAGAGCGGAGGCAAGGGGGCCAGCCUGCGCGAUAAGCUGGACGGCAACGAGCUGGACCUGAGCCUCGGCGACCUCACCGAGGUGCCCGUCAAGGAGCUGGCUGCUCUCCCAAAGGCUACUGUACUGGAUCUGUCCUGCAACAAACUGACUUCCUUACCGUCUGAGUUCUGUGGAUUAACACACCUGGUGAAACUGGACUUGAGUAAAAAUCGUUUGCAGCAACUUCCUGCCGACUUUGGUCGUUUGGUUAACCUACAACACUUGGACCUCCUCAACAAUAGGCUUGUCACUCUGCCUGUCAGCUUUGCACAACUUAAGAACUUGAAAUGGCUAGAUCUGAAAGAUAAUCCUUUAGAUCCUGUCCUGGCCAAAGUAGCUGGUGAUUGCUUGGAUGAGAAGCAAUGUAAGCAGAGUGCUAUCAGGGUACUGCAACACAUGAAAGUCGUUCAGGCUGAUCAAGAACGAGAGAAACAAAGAAGGCUGGAGGCUGAGAGAGAAAUAGAGAAAAAGCGAGAGGCCAAGCAGCGAGCCAAGGAAGCCCAAGAACGAGAAGUGAGAAAGAAGGAAAAGGCAGAGGAGAAGGAACGUCGGAGAAAGGAAUAUGAUGCUGUCAAAGCAGCUAAUAAUAAAAAGGAACAGGAGAAAAAGCCCAAGAAGGAGACACAUCAGCCUGCAAAGGCCAAGUCUGGUUCCCGCUCUGUGAAGUCUCGCCCUCAAAAGCAUUCCUGGUCCUGGGCUUUCUUAAAGCUGCUGCUGAUGGUGCUCCUCAGUGCCACAGGAGUUUUAGUUGCCUGUCAGGUGACGGAUCUACAGUGGCAGCCUUUCUGCAUCAAUGUGAACACCAUCUAUGAGAAUGUUGUCCAUGGGCUUCGUAGCCAUGAAAUCCUGCAACGAGUCUUACAGCCAAACUCUCAGCAAUAAGUGUGUUACUAGCUUUGGCUGCCUCAUCAUCUGUGGAACCAGGAUUCCUAUGGAAUUGUCUUCUGCCAGACACUACCUUUUAUAGCAUUGGACCUAUUACUAUAUCAUCCCCAACUGGCAAUUAAUUGGUACCUGAGACACCCAUUUUUAUGUCCUAGGAGAUCCAUGUUAGAACUUGCCUCUGUUCCUUAUGCAAGAUUCUGUUCCCUGUAGAUUUAGAAAACGAGAAGGGGUGGGGGGUGGGGGGGAGCAGUAGCCUGCAUGCUUAAAGGAAUAAGCUAGAGGGGAGUACGCAAACGUUCCCCUUUUCUAAUCCAGGUAUCCAAAGCUAUGUAAAGGUGAGGCAUAUUUUUACUAAAAGUCAGCUGUCUCCACAUUUAUAUUUUUGUAUGUCACAAAUCUAUCCAUAACUUCCUGGGCCAGGAUCUCGCUGACAACAAAAACCAGAUCAGGAGGCAACAAAUGCAAAACUCACUGUCUGAGAUAAAAUACCUAUUUUUCUUUUGUAUCAGACACUAAAGCAAUUUGGUAACUCCAAAAAUAAUGGAUUUUUUAAAUAGCUGGAUUAUGGAUCUUAGCAACAUAUAACGUCCAACCCCCUGAUUUUGUAGUGGCAUAAUUUGUGAUAGCUUGAAUCCAGCUAUCCCAAUCCAGUGUUGAGAAACUUUUCAGCACAUCUAUAUAAACUCAGGAGCCUAGAUAGGAACGUGGCCUGACUUUUAGUACUGAAGGAAGAAAUCUUUUACUUCUCAGUGGCAACUUAGAAUUAGUUUUUAUAUUCAUGCAGACUUUUGCAUUCCUGCCACUUCUAAGAAAACUGGGACCGCCUGAAGGUUUUAAGUACAGGCAGGGCAUCCCCAUGUCAGAAAAAAACCUUUUAUUAUUGUUGUAUGAUGGAGAGCUAUUAUCUGCAGCAUUGGUCAUUCUUAAUGGAAGUAGAUGCUACUUUACUGGAGCUAAGAUUUAUAAACCAAAUUUCUGUUUCCCUGCCUCUUACUAGCAUAGCCUUUUAAUAAGAGGCAUCAGCAAUACUGUGCAAAAUUAAUUUUUUGCAUAUUAACAAAGCCAGACAGCCAGUUUAAGCUAGACACGGGGUUAAUUUUGCUUUAGGUCUUUUUCUCAGGGAGAAAGAAAUUAUUGCCCCUUGAUAAUGCUUAUUCGCUGGAAAAAUAACUGAUUUUUAAAAAAAAAGAGACCUCUCCUGGAAUAAGAGGAGGAUAUUACCAAUUGCAAGGACAAAACACAAGUAUUUUAGCACAGUGAUGUGGAAUUGCCUACCUGUCAGGGCUUUCCUAGCAUUGAGAAAAUGAUUUUUCGUUCCUAUUUUCACUAUUUUUAUUUGAAACACAUGUCAUGAGUGGUAGUAGAAAAUGACUAUAAUAUUUUUUUCCUUCAGGCACUGGGACCAUUUCUAUAUUUACUUUAUUGUAUAAGCAUAUAACUAAGCAAGUAUACAGAGUUAUACAAUGGAUCCACCCCUGCCCAACUGAUAGGAAUUUCCAUUCCAUGUUGUGACUUUCUAAAAGGUGAGGGGAUUGGUUAUAGUGAGCAAGCCCACAGACAAACCCACCAAGAGCUUUAACUCCAUUUCAAUCACAAUUGUUAGAAUUUCUUAAACUUUAUAAUGGACUGUUUUUAGGUUUUUAUAAUUGUUAUUAAAAUAAGUGUCUUGUGGGAUAUCUUUGA